AUGGCAGGUUUCGAUGGAGGCGUCAAAGAGCUCAAGACGUGUGCCCGAUGUCGCAGAAAUAAAAUCAAAUGCGAUUAUAACGAAAAAAAACCUGGACCUUGUACAGCAUGUGAGAAGCGAUGUGUAGAUUGUAGUGCUGAUUAUGUUGUCCCGCACAAACGAUCUCAAGAACUUAUCAGUAUUGUAGAGGGUGUUAGUCAAGUAGGUGAACUUAUGAAAGACAUAUCUUCUGAGUACGAUUUUCUGGGCAAAAUGUCAAAAGAAUUGUGCGGUACUCCUGUCGUUGUGGAAGACGUGUAUUCUACGAGUAAAGUUAUAAAAGUGGGUAAAAAUUCGUAUCUGUUCUUGACCAUAUGUGGGGACAAUUUCAUUGUUAAUAAUUGUUGUAUUCCUAUUGUUGAAAUUGAUAUCUGUUUGGCCGAGUUUGGGCGUCUGGUAAAAGAGUUGUUGCAGUUGUAUGCGACCUGGGAAGUUCAGCAAGAAACUGUGUCUGAUGCGAUUGUUGGGGAAAGGUCUAGUCGAUAUACUUUGCGAAAUUUGUUUGAUAACGAGGAAUUACCAUUGCUAUUGUGCCUGUUGAAUUUUUAUUUUGUUAUUCCGGGUUUGGAUUAUGAGCGCCUAUAUGACUUGAUUGUUGAUGAUUAUUGUUUAAUGGCUGUCGACGACAGAAAGGAUGGGCGGUGCUAUGAUAGAGCUACUAUGGCCACAUUCGUCGUGGGAAGGAGCCGUCAAUCGGGCGGUAUUCAUUUUAAUGGUGAAGUAUUUGUGAAGAAACUGACGUUGUACCUGUUUUACCACAUUGUGUUGUAUGGUUUAAAGCAUUAUUUGGAUUGUUUCAUGGAUAGGUACAUUCGAACCUUGGAACAAGUGCGAAAGAAAAUCAACAUAGAAAAGAAUUGGGAAGUUAAGUGGGUGAACUUUUACAUCAAGAUAUUUGACCUUGUGGGAAAGGGAUGUUCUCCAAUGUCUUUCGGAGACAACGAAAUUAAUCUUUUGAAAGUUAUCCAGUUCGACCUGGAGUUGCUAUGGGGAGUAGGAUAUGGAUCUAAAGCUACUGAAAUGUGCUAUCAAAAUUAUGAGGAACUUGGGAGGUUUAUGGUGAAAAGUUGCAAUAGAAUGCCUUUUUUUGUUACGCUUAUGGCUCAAUUUGUGUUCAUUAAUUUGGUAAUUGUUGAAAAUGGGGAGGGAACAAUGACCAGCGUUAUGGAACAAGUAUGUUUCAAUGGGUUCAAUGGUGUAUCGUAUGAAGAGCAUCGAGGCUCGUACCCUUCGUUUGAAGAAAAGAGAAAGGAGCGCGUGAACGAUGGAAUAAGGGAUAGCGAUGUUUUGAGGAUCAUUAACAGAAACGCAGUUUUGAGGAACACCGUUUUUGAGGAUAUGGAUAUGUUUGAGGUUUUGUUGGUUGCAUUGAGCGAAGAAGGUUGCGAAAAGCUUAGAAGACGCUGCUGUUGUAAAAUGAUCGCUGAUCUGUUUGAGAAGGUAAUAGUCGAAGGAAUGAAAGAUGAGGUGGAAGUCAUCAACUUGAGACAAGGGAAUGAAGAAUAG